GAAUCAGGGGGGUUAUCCGACAACACUGGCAGUCUCUUCCGUCCUUCCUUCUCUGUAAUGGUGGCCGUGGGGUCGUGGUGAUCGGCAAUUUUCUCCUGACAGAAUGGGGAAGCCCAAGGGUCUACGUACGGCGAGGAAGCACGUGAACCAUCGGCGAGAUCAACGCUGGCACGACAAGGAUUACAAGAAGGCCCAUCUUGGCACGAGGUGGAAGGCUAAUCCCUUCCAAGGUGCUUCUCAUGCCAAGGGAAUCGUUCUUGAAAAAGUUGGUGUGGAAGCGAAGCAGCCUAACUCUGCCAUUCGCAAGUGUGUCCGUGUCCAACUCAUCAAGAAUGGGAAGAAGAUCACAGCAUUUGUCCCACGUGAUGGUUGCUUGAACUUCAUUGAAGAAAAUGACGAGGUGUUGGUUGCUGGCUUUGGCCGAAAGGGUCAUGCCGUUGGAGACAUCCCAGGUGUCAGAUUCAAGGUCGUGAAGGUUGCAAAUGUUUCCCUCCUGGCCCUGUAUAAAGGAAAGAAAGAGAGACCAAGAUCCUAGAGAAGAUUUAUUUCCCUUCUCAUCCAUCCAGUUGUUAAUGAAGCAGGAAUAAAACCAUCUGCACUGUCA